AUGCCCUCCGACUACCGUCCCAUCCGCCACUCCGACGACGACGAGGCAGAUGCCGGCGAGGCCACCCGCUUUAUCGGGUCCGAGACGUCGUCCGAAGGAGGCCAGCCGCGUGACCGUCUCUCUGAAAAGCAUCCCUCAUCGACGUCGCCCGGCGCCGCCCGCUGGAAGCGAGCCUGCGUCGUCGUCGCCGUCUUGGGCCUGACCAACGUCGCCUCGCUCGUCGCCGGGGCCCUCGCCGGGCGCUUUUCGGCGUACGCGCCGCGCCGCCUCGACGCCCAGUGCGCCGCGCACACCACGCAGUACUCGCCCGUCCUGGACGACGUGCGCAUCCAGUACGCGCCGGUGCGGUUCAACGGCUCGUUUCUGGCGGAGAGCGUGUACCGCCGGCCGGGCGCGCCCGAGGUCGACGCCGCCUGGGCCGCGCUGGGCGUCGACUACCGCGCGGGCGUGAUCCCCGCGGCCGCCGGCCCGCGCAGCGGCCUGUCGCCGGACGCGCACGUGCAGCGGGCCGGCCGCUACGGCGGCGGCUACGUGGUCAACGUCGAGGGCAUGCACCACCUGCACUGCCUCAACCUCGUGCGCCAGGCCCUGUGGUACAACUACGACUACUACCGGGGCCUCGGCCGCCACGCCUUCCGCAACGACGACGCCAUCCUCGCCAAGCACGUCAGCCACUGCGUCGACAUUUUGAGGCAGGUGCUCAUGUGCAACGUCGACACGGGCGUGCUGGGCCAGGUCUGGUACGCCGACGCGGCCGGCGCGCCCGCCGCGUUCCCCGACUUCCACACCACCCACACGUGCAAAAACUACGACGCCGUGCGCCAGUGGGCCGAGCAGCUGCAGGCGCCGCCCAGCGACGCGCUGCCGCCCGACUACCUGCAGCCGGCCCGGCCGGGGUUCAUUCUGCCGUCGACGCCCUAG